UUAAGCACUUUGACCAUGACAUCAAGCAACAUCUCCGGAAUCUAUUACUGUGUGGCUUCCAACAAGUUGGGCAUCGAAAAGAGAAGCAUCAGGUUCUAUAUCACAGACAUGCAGUCCAGCCUAGAGGCCAACUCCCAAAUGACAGCUAUUGUGACCAGUCACGUCCAGAUGACCUGCAAGUGCUCGAAGUACCUUUAUGAUCAGCUCACCUGGUAUGACCCCACCUUGCAGGAAGUCCCCACAUCUCUCACCCAGGAGAAGGUGGACAACUAUACCAUCUCCUUAGUGCUGAACAUCCAUAAUGUCUCCCAGGCCCACGCAGGGCUUUACAAGUGCCGAGCCUCAAGCUACCACAACCGCACUAAGCAGCUGGAGAAAAGCACCAUGCUCAGCAUAAAAUUUAAGACGGUGCCUUACAUUAUGCAGAACUUUACCGACUUGGAGGUUAACGUGAGUGGGACCAUCGUUCUGGAGUGCAAAGUCAAUGGCAUCCCCAAACCUGCUAUUGCUUGGCUGAAAAAUGGCCACCGCAUCGCCCCGGCUUCAGGAAUUUCCAUGGAAAACAACACUUUGGUGAUUGAACGAGUGAAGAAGGAUGAUGAGGGUCACUAUGAAUGCCAAGCGAUCAACGAGAUGGGACAAGACAGCACUCGAGCGUUUAUUAAAAUAGAAGGCUCUGAAGAAAAAUCCAACAUAGAAGUUAUCAUCUUGGUUUGCACUGGUUUAGCAGCCACUCUCUUUUGGCUCCUUCUGACCCUCUUCAUACGAAAACUCAGAAAA